CCGUGUAUACGCAGGGCGAUUGUCAUGGCCGACGGGCGACCUCCGGGUUACCGCUUCUACCCGACGGAGGAGGAGCUCAUAUGCUUCUACCUGCGCAACAAGCUCGACGGCCGCCGCGUCGACGACAUCGAGCGCGUCAUCCCCGUCGUCGACGUCUACUCCGUCGACCCGUUGCAGCUCUCAGAGAUCCACGAGAGGCUGUGCGGCGGCGGCGGCGGCGAGGGGGAGCCAUGGUUUUACUUCAGUGAGCGGCAGGAGCGGGAGGCGCGGGGCGGCCGCCCGAGCCGGACCACGCCGUCGGGGUACUGGAAGGCUGCGGGCACGCCGGGGGUCGUCUACGGCGCCGACCGUCGGGCAAUCGGGAUGAGGAAGACCAUGGUGUUCUACCGCGGCCGCGCGCCGUCCGGGACCAAGACCAAGUGGAAAAUGAACGAGUACAGGGCGUUCCAUCACGACAAUGACGUCGCCGGCGGCUUAGUCGCUGGGCCAGGGUCAGGGUUCUCCCACGCCGCCGCGCCGCCGAACCUCCCUCCGCAGCUGAGAAGCGAGUUCAGCUUGUGCCGACUGUACACCAGAUCGGGCACCCUGCGACAGUUUGAUCGCCGGCCCGUCGCCGCCGCUGCUGCAGGCGGCGACAAUCCAGGGCCAGCCACGGCAGCCGCGAUGUCGCUGUCGCCCGACGACGGUGACGGCUCCGGUGGAUCCAUGCAUCUCCAUGAAGAGGAGCUGAUGGAGGGAAGUGGCGGUGAUCCUUACGGGGACGACAUUUCCACAUUGGCUGCUCUUCUCUACUGGCCUGUAGACUAGAUAAAGCACACACAUACUUGAUUAGUUUCUUGAGCACAUCAUACUUGAUUAGUUUCUCUAUGGAGCGGAGUAGUAUUUUCAGGAGAAGAAAGAUACUCCGCCCAAUUCGGUUGAACUUAUGGUUCUUAAUACCAUAUCUCCACCAAUUUAUACCGUGAAUCCCUUGUUAUAAGUAUAACUAGCACAAUGGUCCUGGCAAAGGCGAGGACAUCAUCUCUUAUGUAUUGAAUUUGAUUACAAAUAAAUUUAAUUUUUUGUGUGUAUCACUUUUAUGCUGCAAG